CUAAACUAAAAAUGAUCUACAGCCAAUUGAGCAUCUCACUUAUGUAAUAUUUUAACUCCGGUUAAUUUCAUCAUUGUCUUUAAUUCUCUCUCUGUUUCUCUUUUUUUAAUCAAACGAUAAUCAUGCCAAGAUUCGGAGGAGCGCCUAAAUGUCCACGUUGUGAAAAAUCGGUCUAUAUGGCAGAACAGGUGCUUGGUCCUGGAGGACCGUGGCAUAACUACUGUCUCACGUGCAAAGAAUGUAACAAGAGGCUAGACUCGACAACACUCACCGAAAAGAACAAUGAAGCUUAUUGCAGAGUUUGCUAUAAUCGACAAUGGGGACCCAAAGGCUAUGGAUUUGCUGGUGGAGCAGCCUUUUUGAGCACAGAGACCAAGUUACCUAGUGAAAUAUUGAAGGAAAAGAAUCUGAGUACGCCUUCACCUACACUACCACCGCGUCCAGUAAAGACUACUGACAUACCACCGCCACCACCUGCUCGUUCAGAACCAGUAAGCGAAGUAGAGGAAAGUAAGUCAAAUAUGACUUCAUUCUGGACAAAACCUGCAUCUGAGGGAGAAGGAGGAGGAGGAUAUAUCCGUAACCAUACAAGUUAUGUGCCACGUAAGCUCAAUUUUCAAACGCAAAGUGAUAUUUGUACAUCAUGCAAGAAGCCUGUCUAUGCAGCUGAAUUAGCCCUUGGUGCUGGUAAUAAGUAUCAUAAGGCUUGCUUGAAAUGCAUAGGAUGUGGUAAAAGACUAGAUUCAACAAAUAUGGUAGAUCGUAACUCUGAUCUCUUUUGCACAACAUGUUAUUCUAAGUCAUUUGCACCUUACCACAUACGAGGGCCUAAAUCAUAAAGUGUAAAAUAACUUUCCAUUUAUAAUAAAUAACGACUAUUACUGUACUUUUUAUAAAAGCAAGGCAUAUUAGACGCGC